AUGAUGAGUGCCCCAUCUGGGGGUGCGUCUGGAGAAGCCAAGGAUGGCAUACAGGAGCCUUUCACUCUCGCAGAGCGACUGCAGCAGCUAACGGACAUCGAUAAUGAUAUUACGACCCUUCUGUCUCUCGCAAACAAAGCUCUCAAGCCGUUGUCCUAUCCUAUUGCCGGAUCGGAAGCCCAGCCAGCUGAGGCGCCUAAAGACUUUGCCAACCCGGCAGAAAUCCACACCGAAACGCAAGUCGCUGCCUUCAAAGAGGCCAUGGAUUCUUUUCUUUCUACUCUACAUUCGGUCGACGUGCAGCUUAAGCGACAGAUCUGGGGACUGGAGGAAGCUAGCAUCAUAUCUCUGAAGGAGUCCAAGUCUGCUGGUGUCUCGCUAGAACCCAAUGGCGUGGGCGACAUAGGGGGGCUAGACGUUGGCUGGCUCAACAGCCGUAGCAACAAAGUCGACCGCGACAUGGAGGCGGAGCAGUGGGCGAAAAUGCGAGCUGUCCUAAAGCACACAGGGGAGGCAAAAGCGGGUGCAGCUGAUGCAAAUAUGGAGAUCGAUAUGUGA